UUGUAACGGCUAUUGAUUUGGGCUCAUUGAAGAAGCUACGUAUCCGUCAUGAUAAUACUGAGCCUUACUCAGCCUGGUACCUGGAUCGAGUUGAGAUAGUGGACACAAAAGAAGAUAUAACGUAUUACUUCCCUUGUAACCGUUGGCUCGCAGUGGAUGAGGAUGACGGACAGAUAGCAAGAGAGCUGGUUCCUGUUGACGAGGCCUUUAUGAAGCAGAAUGAGGAUGAGGAGGGGACCGGCGCAACUUUGGGCCUUGAACAGAAAUCCAUGUCUACUACCUAUACUGUUAAAAUAAAAACUGGGGAAAAGAAAUAUGCUGGAACCGAUGCCAAUGUGUUUGCCAUCCUGUUUGGUGAAAAAGACGAUACAGGGAUUAUCAACCUUAAAGCGUGUAAAAACUAUAAGAACAAGUUUGAACAGGGGAUGAUCAAUGAGUUCACCGUGGAGGCCGUAGACUUGGGUGAACUGGAAAAGCUCCGGAUUGGACAUGACAACUCAGGAGGAUCAUCUGGAUGGUUCUUGGACUGGGUUGAGGUUGAUGCGCCGUCUCAGGGACAGAGACUACGAUUCCCAUGUGGCCGCUGGUUGGACAGAGGAGAGGAUGAUGGAGCGAUUGUGAGGGAUCUCUAUCCUGCUGACUUACAAACUGAAGUUUACACUCCAUUUGUGCCUUACGAGAUCAAGAUAUUCACCAGUGAUGUGUUUGCUGCGGGGACAGACGCUGAUGUUUUCAUCGUCUUAUACGGCCAAAACGGGGUGUCAACGCAACAGAAGCACCUUUGCGUCAACAAGAGAGAACGAAGGCUGUGCUUUGAAAGAGGAGCAGAGGACAUGUUUAUUGUGGAGCUGGAGGACAUCGGUGAUGUAAUAGAGAAAAUCAGGAUUGGACAUGACAACAGAGGAACCAACCCAGGAUGGCAUCUUGACAGGGUGGAGAUCAGGCGACAGCUGCGCAAAGGGAAGGGUUCGGAAACCACCAUAUUUCCAUGCGAACGCUGGCUAGCCAAGUCUGAAGAUGAUGGGGAGACAAUAAGGGAGCUGGUCGCCUCUGACAUUAUCACACAGAAGCUACUAAGGGAUGGGACACUAAAAACAACAGAAAUUGAGGUGGAGGAUGCUCUGGAGACUCACACAUACCAAGUCUCUGUGCGGACAGGUGACAUGUACGGGGCAGGAACUGAUGCCAAUGUUUUUCUCACCAUCUACGGAGACCUGGGAGACACUGGGGAGCGCAAACUUGCCAAAUCUGAAAACAACAAAAAUAAGUUUGAGAGAGGAGAGGUGGACAAGUUUACUAUUGAGGCUGUGGACUUGGGGCAAGUGUUUAAGAUUCGAAUUCGUCAUGACAACACCAUGGUGGGAGCAGACUGGUACCUGGACCAGGUUGAAGUACAGGAUAUGGAAACAGAGGAAGUUUAUAUGUUUCUGUGUGAGCGCUGGCUGUCAAAAAAGAAAGAGGACAAGCAAAUUGACAGGAUCUUCUAUGUCAAGGGGUAUGAGGGUGACAGGAAUAUCGAUCCAUAUUUCAUGAAGAUGGCCCAGUCUAGACAAGGACUCGAUAAAAAUGCCAACAAGAAGAAAAAGAAGAAAAAGGUGACAGUAGCCGAAGAAGGUCCAAUCAUCCCUUAUCACUUUACACUGUCUACGGGAAUUGACCGGGAUGCCAGCACCACAGCCAGGGUUUAUGUCAUCAUAAUCGGCCCUAAGGACGCGGAGACGGACCGUCUGUGGCUGGACCUGGCAGAAGGGAAGAAAUCCUUCGCAGCUGGCAGCAUGGAGCACUUUGUGUGCUAUGGAGCUGACGUAGGAGAGAUCAAGAGGGUGGAACUCGGCCAUAAUGGUGUCACACCAGAGAGCUGCUGGUUGGUGGAUGAGCUGUCGGUUGCUGUGCCAACCAAAGGUAUCAAGUACAUCUUUCCAUGUAAGUGCUGGCUGGCCAAAGACAGGGGAGACGGUUUGACUGUCAGACUAUUAAACGUGUUGGACUCCAGCACCAUCAACAUUAUCCGCAAAGUUAUUUAUUCAGUCACAGUUGUCACUGGAGACACUCAGUAUGCAGGGACGGAUACAAAAAUUUUCCUGACUGUGUUCGGGGCCAACGGGAGCACGGAGGAAAUGCUGCUGCCGAAAAAAGGGGAUAGGUCUGUUCAGCCAUGAUCCUCUAAUAUUACAGCUGGUUCUCUAUAAUUAAAGGAACCUAGAGGAAAGGGAAAGACUCUCUUUUUAUUCAAAC